GAGUGUAUUUUGGGAAAUAAGUAACUCUUAAGGGAUAUGUUUUAGAAAAUAGAUAACUCUUCUGGUGGACAAAUGGCGUAUGUGUUCGUCUUCCUCUUGUAUGUUACUCUUCUCAGAUCUCUUGUUCGUUUUGAUGUACAAUGGCGUCCUUGGUAGCAGCUCCUAUCUCUUUCUCAGGUGACUCUCAUGUCAAAGCACACCGAAACUUCAAUGCGAUUCGCAAGAGCUCUACAUUGACUGUUCAAACAAAAUCAAACCGCAGUCACAAACUCUCGGUUUCUGCAGGUUACCGUGGGGGAAGUAAGGGUGGUGGAAGUAGUGAUUUUGUUACCGGUUUUCUUCUAGGAAGUGCUGUGUUCGGAACUCUGGCUUAUAUCUUUGCUCCACAGAUCCGAAGAUCAGUGCUGAGCGAGAAUGAAUAUGGUUUCAAGAAACCGGAGCAGCCGAUGUACUAUGACGAAGGCCUAGAGGAGAGAAGAGAGAUAUUGAAUGAGAAAAUCGGCCAACUCAAUUCCGCCAUUGACAAGGUUUCGUCGCGUCUGAAAGGAGGUCGAAGCGGUAGCAGCAAGAACACUUCUUCGCCGUCUGUCCCAGUUGAAACCGACGCAGAAGCAGAAGCUACUGCAUGAUUGAAUGUAAUGCUCUGCUCCAUUUUACCAAUUCAAAACUGCCUUCCAUUGGUUCUGUGGUUUUUUUGUUGGAACUAUUCCUAGGGGCUUUUCUGACUUUUAGAUAUUGAAAGAAAAAGACAAUCGUCGUAUUAACUCGUACCGAACCAAAACAAAACUAUCUAUACUAAGAGAACACGAUACGAAAUCUUAAUCUUUCAAUAUUGAUAAUGUCAAUAAGAUA